AUGGACAACUUCAUCUCCGCCGUCGCGCAGCUCAAAGCCUCCGAAGACACAAAGUAUGACGUGCUGUACCUCAACACCCCCUGGAACAAACUGACCGUGGAACAGAUGGGAAAGAUAGACCUUUCAUCUCUCACCAAAGACGAAGCUCUGAUGUACAUGUGGGCCGACACCUACAGCAUCAAGUUUGCCACCGAGCUGUUCAAGCUCCAGGGGUUCAAGUUCCACUCGGUGUACCAGAUCUGUGAUGUCGCCACCUACCCUCCUGCACCCGAACCCAAAGCCGCGGGCGAGGCCGUCCCGACCUCGGUCGCCGAUGUUAUGCACGGCAGCGACAAGGACACGGACGGACCGGUCGACAGCCCUGCGGAGGCGGCCGUCGUCGACAAGGCCAUCGUCAAAACUACCACGAAGCGCGCCAAGAAGCAGAGGUGCCCUCCUCUAUCGCUCCCCAAGUACUGGAAGAGUGUCACUCACAGAGGUUCCACGCGCCCGACAGCGGAGUUUCUCUUGCUCGGUCACAAGGGUGGACGCGAUGUCCUCGACAAGCUCAUGAACGAAAAAUCCGGAACCCUGCCGUACCAGGUCGUUCACAAGCCUGACCUCGGCAAGAAGUCCAGGAGCGUUCCCAAGAAGAACAUCAACCUCGACCCGGAGUGGGUGUGUGACCGCCCCGAAGAGUUUCUCGACACGGCGAUCAGCCACCUCAAGCCUUCCGUCAAGAUCCUAGAAGUGUUUGGGUCAACCCUGAAGAGGAUGACGGACUCCGUCGGACCCAACGUACCCGGAGGAUUCUGCCCGGCGUACGGAAGCAACGCCGGGCUCGCCAACUGUCUCAACAAGGUGAUGCGGUCCAUGAAGAAGGUGCAGUUGCAGGGGCUGUGCUCGGCCCUCUCCAAGAUUGCACAAGCCGACGACGCCGACAGAGCUACGAAGGUCAAGGAAUUCCGGGCCGUGGAUGCGUCUUGGACCGCGAUAGUCACGGCACUGACCGACAUGAAGUCCCCCGUCGCUUACGACUGGAGCUCCAAGGACGCCGACCUCCCCGCCGAGUGGCUGCGCCUGGCGGUUCUCUCGUUUGCACAGAAAAACAUGGCCGACUUCGGCGACCUCAGGCGCAAGCGCAAGAGGAGGAAGACGAACAAGGACUCGCCCCGCGCUUGUCACGGGAUCGCCAAACCCGUCGUGGUGUCCAAGCAACUCACAGACUUCUUGGGCCUGGAAGAGGGUCACAUGGUCUCGCGCACCCACACGGUCAAGCUUCUGAACAACUACGUCAAGGCCAACGGUCUACAGAACCCCGCCAAGAAGAUUCAGAUCGUGCCCGACGAAGCUCUCCUCAAGCUCCUUUGUCCCCCGGCGGACUUCGGGCCCAUCACGUACUUCAAGAUGUGUUCGCUUCUCGGUCCUCACUUCCCAAAGGAGUCGCAGGAAGUCAAGGACGCCAAGGCGAAAGAGGCAAAGGAAGCCAGGGUGGCCAAAGCAGCCGCCGCCAAGGCCAAGAAGGACGAGGAGGGGAGCGCCGCCAAAAAGGCUCGCAAGUAG